GACCUUGCACUUUUACGGUUUGAAGGUUGUGUUCAUCUAUGUGCAAUGCCCGUGUUGAGCCCUCUCGAGUUUCGUGAUUGUGUUGUGGACAGCCCGAAUUUCCGAAAGGCUCUGUCAGACCAUGAGGCGGACUUAAAAAUUGCAAACAAAAAAGUCAAAAGUGUUCUAGUGAACACAAGAAGAGUUUUCGAAGCCAUGGAAUCAUUAAAUCAAGCGCUUAUUGAUUAUGCUGAAUCAUUGAAUGAUUUUUCAGAGUACGCUCAUCAAUCAACUUGUUUAUCCCAAACAGAAAAUGAAGUUUGUGAAACCGAUGAUGAUAUUAUAAUUAAAAAUGCUUUGUCAGUUUAUGCAACUAUCAUUACAAAUGUUGAAGAGGCUAGACGUACUAUGAUUCAACCCAAUAAAGAGCUGGUCUUAACUGAACUAUCGGAAUUACGUUCUCUAUGGUUGGGUGGUCAAAAUACUAAUGUAAAAGCAUUUCAAAAAGAAACUAAAAACUUUUGUCAAUACCUUGAAAAGUAUGCAUCAAUUAAAUCAAAAGAGUUUACAGACGAUAAUGAUGCAAAAAUGCUUCAAGAGCGUAAAAAUUAUAUUACCAAAGCAUUUGAAUACAUAAGCAAUAUAAAUGAAGCGCAUGAAUUGAAAAAAUCCAAAUUUGUUCAAACAGUAAGUUUGAUCAUGAGAAUGUUGUCAAAUUUCUAUUAUCAAGCUUUUGAACAAUUCAAAGAUUCAUCACAUCAAAUUAGUCAGAUACUUCAAGCUGCACAGCGUUCUAGUGAAAAUUAUGAACAAAUUAGUUUAGAAAGUAAAACAUUAACAGACAAACUACUAAAUACACCAUGGGAACAAAUACAAUCAACAAAUUUAGCUGAUACACGUGAAGGUUAUGUAUUUGUUGCUACAAAAAAAGCUGUUAUGACAAUUUGGACAAAAAAUUUCUGUACAUAUAAUCGUAAUAGUAAAAUAUUAAAGCUUACACCCUAUACUCAAUAUCAAGACAAUGAUAAUAAUACCGAAAUAUUGAAUGUCAUCUCGUGUAGAAGACGAUCAAAUGAUUCCAUUGAUAGACGUUGGUGUUUUGAUAUUGAAGUAUCAAGAAGAUCGACUCCACUUACUUUACAAGCACAAUGCUUGGAUGAUCUUCAUGAAUGGCUUCUUGUAAUGGAUGGAAAAGAGCCAAUUUAUGAAGAUAGACGUGUAUGCCUCCAUGAAUCAGAUAAUAUUCAAUUAAACGAUAAAACUUAUGAAUUUCUGCUCAAUUUAAUUCAUGCAAUUGAAAAAAAUGGUAUUCAAGUUGAAGGAAUCUAUAGAACAUGUGGGGUAAAAUCUAAAGUUGCCAGUCUGAUUAAACAAGCUCUAUCUCCAUCAGGAAUAUCCAAGACGACUUUAUCAAAUUAUGAAUUAUGCGUUUUAACUGGUGCAUUAAAAAGUUUUAUUCGACAAUUAGAAACUCCAAUUAUGACAUUUCAAUUACAUGAUUCUUUCAUGUCUGCAAUGAAACGAGAUAAUGCUUAUCGAUUAACAGAGCUUAGUGCAUUAUUGAAAUUGUUACCACCAGAAAAUCAACGUACUUUAGACUUAUUGAUUAAGCAUUUAUCAAGCGUUGCUGCCUACAGUCAAAUGAAUCACAUGAACCCAAGUAAUCUAGGUAUUGUAUUCGCACCAUCAUUAUUUCGUUCACGUGAAGAAUCUGUCGCUGCGAUUAUGUCAACAAAAUUCGCUUCAACUGCUGUCGAAUUAAUGAUUAUUAAUUAUUCAAGUUUAUUUCCAAUACAUUCAUCAAAUAUUCUUCGACCAAUAGCUCAGUUAUCUUUACCAUUAUCUACCGCUCCAGUUGUUGUGGAUGAUAGAAAUGGAACUAUGAGUGAAAUUACCAAUACCACUCAUAAUUCUAUCAGUAGUAUAUUUAAUAGUAAUAGUACUGCUACUAAUAUGGAAAAAUAUAACCAUAUUAAAAAUGGUGAAAAUACUAUAGAACCAGUGUAUACUACACCGCUUAUUGGCUAUCCUUUUCAGUUGACCAAUUCAAUAUUGGAUCGGUAGGUUUAAGUUUUAUUAUUAUGAGUAGUAUUAAUAGUAGUAUGUGGUAUACAAUAAGCAAAUCGGUUUUUUUCUGCUUCUUUCAUAAUAUUUUUUUCUAUUUGCACUUUUGCUAAAUGCUUUUUGAUUGCUAGCGAUUUUUCGCAUGUUAAGAAUUGCAUGUGUGUUGAUCUGGGUACACACACACACACAAGUUUAAGAGUUUCCUUUAUGGCAAAGUAUAAGAUCACUGUGUGUGUGUGUGUGUGAUGAUAGUCUCUAUCAAUAUCUGGGAUCACGCUAGAGAUCAUACUGCACGGAACGGAUGUUUCAUUUUUUGAGCUUGAAAGUAUCCAUCCUUUGUGUGGCUUUUUAAACCUGAUUAGAGAGGAGUUCAGAAUUUUACCAGAAGAAGAAUAAAGUUUCCCGACGUUGUCUAUCCACUAAACGCAUGAGUUAAACUACCAAGCUUAGCUUUGGAUGUUGAUGAUUAAUUGCAAUGGAUUCAGUCACUCAUUGUAUUGAGUCUGUUCUAUCACAGUCGCCUAUAUUUGUAAUAGUUAGGAUUUAUAGUUCCUGUCAUCUGUCGAAUAGGUAUUGGAAUUGAGAUUCUGAAAUUUUCAUUUUACAGAAUUUAGGGUGAUUUGAUCACCAUGUUAAAUCACGUUUCCUACUUACCAAACUUGCCCCACUCCAGUUUUAUUUUAUUUUCAAAUGUGGAAUGGCUAUGUAAAGAUUCUACAUUGUUAUUCGAUCCGAUCCAACCAGCGCUUAUAUAAUCAGCCACACUCAAAGAGGAAGGUAGAAACUGUGUAUGUAUCUUUUAUUUCACUAAAAGCUAAAUAAUCAUUCUUACGACUGAUAUGUGUAUAUAAGUUGUGAGAGUGACUCAGACAGGGACAUAUGAAUGAUACAUUUAAGUAGAUAAAUAAGCUACUUACAGUAACUGUUGGGAUGAUCCAGAAAACUCUCGCAAAAGCCAAUAAAGGCUCAGGAAACACUAAGAUGUAUUUUAUCCAAUCAGGGUCCAGUAGAGGUUUAGCCAGAAACAUCAAGAAAGUGAAAAGUCAUAUGUAGAGUUUCUAAUUGGCUGAUUACUAUGCUGCUACUAUGUUAAGUAUCAUUCCAGAAUUUUCGAGAAAACCAAGAACAUCUAAAAUACUAUAAAAACCCCAUAUUUUCUGUAUUCAAAGGAACCUUUGGAGUAAAGUGCUUCUCGCAUAUUUUACGCUUGUAUAGUUCUAGCUUGAUGGUUACGAAAAUAGCUUAGGAACCGGAUCUACCGUUCAAUUAACAAGACUUAUCAGUAACCCCCUUGCCCACACUUUCAUCUUACCCACCAUGUAGUCUUGAAACCACGUGAUACGUUUGGGAUUGCUCAGGAAAACCGCAACGUCACUAAAACAAUAAAACAACUGUAGACUGUAAUUUUGGGAAAUUCCAAAGGAUGUGUUCUACAAUAAAAAAAACGUGUAUUACCACAAAUAAGUAGACGCAUAUUUUGAAGGGAAUACAUUUGAGAAAUGAGAUUUUCGUGAUCUCAGUUCAUUCGGUUCAUUGAACAGAUCACAAAAUUUUCACAGUACUUUAUUCAAUGAUAUUACUUGAUAGUUAACUAUCACUAUAACCAUUCAUGCUUAUGCGUUUAUAAAUGUGUGUGUGUGUGUACAUAUAUAUGUGCUUGCACUACGCUGUUCAUCUCUGCUUUUAUACCGCUUAAUUAAUUAACAUUUUGCAUGCGAUUUUUUAAUUGUUUCUGUGACUGAAUUGAUUGAUUAGGCGCUUCUUACUUUUUGUUACUGUAAUAUUGAAUUAACAUAAGAGAUUUGAAUUAUCAAAUGGUUUAGUUGUGUUAUCAUUUACAGUAGUAGAAGUUUGUCAGUUUAGAUUGGAAUCAUUGACUCUGCGUGUUUGUUUGUUUGUUUGUUUUUUGCAUAUGGAGUGUAGUUUGUUAGUGGGAAAAAGUUUUGAAUCAUUUGUAAUCUUAAUAGUUGAGAUCAUGAACAUCAUAGAAAACCUUGAAACACUGGAGACCGUUUUAUCCUACUGUGGGACUCCUCAGCAGUAGGCAUCCACAAUCCCGCCUCGCGAGAUUCAAACCCAGGACCUAUCAGUCUCGCACGCGAGCGCUUAACCUCUAGAAUUUUUAGCAAUACAUUUGUAUAUCUUUUUAGAAAGUUAUCGAACUGAUAUUGUUUUCAACACAUAAACUCCUCUAUGAAUUUUAAUACUCAAAAAAAAAACACAUCAGAAAUCUAAUCCAACACAAGGAGGAACAACAAACUUGUGUUUACGAAAUCAAAUGUAAUAAUUGUAGUGCUAUUGAUGUAGGUGAAAUAUCAUGACAACUGAAUUUGAGGGUGAAAGAACACAAAGUGUACUUAAAGCAUAUUCCUAAAUCAUCAAAUGAUAUAAGAAAACUUAGAAACAAAUCAGCGAUAGCAUUACACUCGAUAAAAUUGAGUCAUACAAUUGAUUUCAAUGUCACAAGAAUCCUUCAAAAAGGUUUUCAUUCUUACAAAGAAAGACUAACAGUCGAAGCAAAUCUAAAUAGUAUUAAUAGGAGAGAUGGAAUACAAUCAGCUGUCCCAUGGCAACUAAUAAUUUAUAAGUAAACUUGAACUCUUUAUUCCAUUUAACCUAUCACUUAUUAUCCACUGAUCAAAGACGAUAAAUAGUCAGUGAGAUUUCUUCUAACAUCUCAGAUCCACUUACGAAUACACACAAUCUGUCAUCGUUUCACACCACAUAUCUCAUACACACUAAAGCAAAUACCUACUUUAAGUAUAAUUUGAUGACCUAUUUAGUAUAUUGUUAAUCAAGGAUCCUUGUCAGUCAGCUACAACGUAGGACCAGCCACAUAUAUGCAUCGGUCCAAGUUACCAUACCUCAUUAGCACAACAAGAUGUACAUCGAAUUCAUAGAUGUGGUUAAUUCAGUGUUAGUAAUUUAUAAAAGAUAGAUUGUGUAUAAGGAUAUAGUGCAAGAAGAAAGAAUUAGAAAAAAAAGGGUUUGGCCGCCCCUAAGUUUCCUCCAGCCGUCUCCAACAAGGAACGUUUUACCUAUUUGUAUUCGAUCAUUUUGAUUAUAUUUCCUUAAAAAGCUUGAACCAGAUUGCCGAACCAAACGUUGGAUUUACUUCAAAUACGAUCGCUGAGAUUUUACAAAUAUAUAUUCACCCUUCUUAAUUGUAUUAUAUAGCUAAACGGCAUGAAAAUAACUGUCAUAGUAUAGUCUUUUUUAAGAUCUUUGAAGAUAGUGUAUAUUCAACGUUCAGCUUUCUUUAAACUUCGGUAAAUUAUAAAUUCCGAGAAAGUAAAAAUUUUUCACAGCUAGAUCCUGAUUUGAUUGAUUUGAACAUAUAAGUAUUGGUACAAGCGGGUACCAGAUACAUAUGCGCCACACAAAUCUCAUUUGAUUUGUGUGAGGGCUGUGAUACUGCCCGGGUGCUUAAACCGAAACUGGAUCCUAGUCGUCAAACUCUUCGGUUGAAUGAUUUCUGUGAAAAUUCCCAUGUAAAUAGGCCUGUUUAUUAUCGAUGCAAUUCAUACAAAGGUAUAAAUUGAAUCUAUGAUACAUCACUGUAUCCUCUUAAAAGUAUAAAAUAGAUGAAUUCAGUUUUAGUCAGUGACAACUAAUCUCUAUUUGGGAUUGCUACAUCAAACUAAAAGCCAAUACAACAGUAUUUCCAACAACAACAAAAAUCAUUCUAAUAUCUUAGUAGUUUAUAUUGUAUGUCAUAUUAACGUUACGACAACUGUCUGAUCCUUUCAAGGAAUAAACUCAAAUACAACGAGAGACAGUUUUUCUUAAGAGUUUCUAUGGACCACUCAAAGCCUUCAAGAUGUACAUAAUUUUAAAGUUUACCAUCUAUAAGUAUGGUAUAUAGUUUGGUGUAAAAUAGUGAAAAGCAUUCGAUAUGAGACAUAAAACUUCUUCUUCUAUACGGUUUGUUUGUAGUAUUGAAGGAACCGAUACUCCCCUUUGAAAUCACAUCAAUGUACAAGCUUUAUUUGUCACAUAUUUAUCUCAUUUGAAGUGUCUCUGUGUUAUGAUAUUGUCGUUCACUGAUAUCACAUGAUAAAAUCACCAAUCAGAGUAUCGAUUUUUGUAACUUUGUAAGUAAACUAACCAAUGACAUGCCAACCAGCACUAGUAGUAUCAAAUUACUACCAAUUCCCUAAAGUCUCUCCUUGUCCUGCCUGUUGAGUCCAGAACACAGUAAUGAGCCUGCACUAUAUAAAUAUCAUAUUUCAAGCAUAUGUACUUUAUAGACAGAAAUACUCGACCACAUCAUACUAGAAAAUAAAAAAUAGAUGAGACUAUAAAUAAUAAACUGGUAAUAGUCAUUUGGAUGAUCGAAAUCUUAUAAUGUAAGGAAUAUAUACACAUGUCCGUUUACUUAAUUAUACAGUAAGAAUAUAUAUAUAUAAUAAUAGUACAUAAAUUAGUUCUGAAAGUUGCUAUUCCUCUAGUCUUUAUUUGGAUAUCAAAUGGUGAAAAUCUGAAAGUACUGGACAGAUGUUUUAUCUUAGUAUGUGACUCCUCAGCAGAUCGCAUUCAUGAACUGGACAACGAUUAAACACUGGACGUUUAUGUCAUCAGUAGAAUCACUGAGUAUGGGUCCAACUGUACAAUUACAGUCAAAAUUGGUAUUCAAUGAAGCAGAGGAAUCCCCUACUAAGAUAAAAUAGUGUCUUAAUUUUGUACUAAUACCUCAACUGAGAUCAAUGUGUAAUGAUUGUAAUCUACAUAUCGGUAUCCCACUAAAUUCACAGUGGUCGAUUCUAACGAACAAUUCAACAACAUGUAAAUCAUACUCUCUCCUUUGUAGUUUAGUUUAGUUAGGAAGGAUCAUUAGCCCUUCUACUAACAAAAUAUGGCUCAAACUCUUUACCUAAUUAAUCAACUAUGUUGCAUAUAUUUCAUGGUUUUCUAAAAUUCUUAUAUACAUAUUUUGAUUAACUGAUAUCAUUAGAUCUGAAAACAUAUUCACUUCGUCCAAUAAUCAAAACUACUCAUCUCAAACAUCUUUACAAUCGAUUAAAUCAUCAUCUACGUUUACAUCUUCCACCUCCACCAUCACCACCACCACCACAACAACAACAACAUCAUCAUCAUCAACAACAACCACUAAAGCAAAUUCACAAUCAUUCAAAAGUUCAUCAAGUCUCCCAAUCGCAUUACAAAUUGUCCAUGACAAUGAAUACAUUACUAAUCAAUUCGAACAAAAUUCAACAAAUGACAAAAUUUUAAAUCAUUCUCUUCAUUCUCAUCAUCAUGAUCAUCAUCAUAAUUCUCUAUUAGUUACAUCACCAUUAUCUAUUCAUCCCAAUAAUCAUUUAAUUGAACCAUCAUUGAGAUCUCAUAUAUCACCACAACGUAGCAGGUAGUUAUUUUUUUUUGAUGAUAAUGAUCAUCACAAUACUGAUGAAAUUUUUCUUAUUGGUUAGCAAUAAACAGUUUUUUUUCUCUCAAUAGUUUACCUCUAGAUCAAUGGUUUGGGUCUUUAGUCGUUCGAAGGUUUAAGUACAGUUUGGAGGUGUAUUGGUUUCAUGUGAAGGGAAAGUGAAUCCAAGAGCAAGAAUAGAGAAUUUGCGCCCAAACUUCUAGUGAGAGAUCGUGGUUUUCAACUACGUUCAUAAUGAGAUAGUUUAUCAUCAAUGGGAUUGAUUAAUAAUGAACUACACUCCAAAUCAGUUAAAAUUGAAAAUGUAGAUCAUUGGUUUCUAGUUCAUUGUUACCAAGAUCAACCAUUCUUCAUUAAUUGACACAGUUAGUAAUAAUUUAAGAAGGAUUAUGGUUGAUUAAUUUAGUUACUGCACGUGUUUUCCAUGAUACUCAAUCAGAUGUCAAAUUGGAUUGUGCAUAUAAAUCGAUAACUAUGUAAGCAAACAAGUUUUAACCUUAAGUGAUUGAUAGAAACCGACCGAAGUAGAAUCCAACUCUUUACACCAUCGAGUCAGUGGGGUGGGAGUUUUUCUAAAGCUUGUUUUAAUUCAUGUCAGUACAUGUGGUCGGGAUAAACCUUAUUGCUAAAGCAAUCAACGCUACAUAAUGAAUCGGUUCUUCACUUUAAAAAAUGCAUUUUUGAAAGAAUAGUCUUUUAUCAUAGAUAUUGAUUCUUUGCGAUCAUAGGUCAGAGCUUUUCAUUUAAGAAUCCACAACUCAGUAAGGUUCUGUUGAAUAACAAUUAUAUUUUUUUGCCGAUCUUAUUAUCCUGUUAGAUCUGUUUAAUCAUAUCAAUAUUGUUAGGGAUCAAUGAGUCAGUGGUAAAAUUGUAGUCACUAAAAGCAAAUAAAUAGUACAACUAUGCCAACUUUAUUAUAAACUGGAUAACUACAGUGUAGUAAAAAUAUCUUCUUACUUACUUAUGCCUGUUACUCCUAAUGGAGCAUAGGCCACCGACCAGCAUUCUCCAUCCCACUCUGUCCUGGACCUUCUUUUCUAGUUCCAUUCAAUUUGUGUUCAUUUUUCUCAUGUCUAUCUCUAUUUCCCGGCGUAAUAUGUUCUUUAGUCUUCCUCUUUUCCUUUGGCCUUGAGGAUUCCAUAUGAGGGCUUGUCUUUUGACACAAUUGGGUGCUUUCCUCAAUAUGUGUUCUAUCCACUUCCAGUGCUUCUUCCUGAUUUCUUCCUCCGCUGGGAUCUCGUUUGUUCUCUCCCACAGUAGGUUGUUGUUAAUAGUGUCCGGCCAACGGAUCCGAAGUAUUUUGCGUAGGCAAUUGUUAAUAAACACCUGUAUCUUCUGGAUGAUGGCUUUUGUAGUUAUCCAGGUUUCGGCCCCAUAUACAGUAGAACUGUGUUGACAUUUGUAUUGAAAAUUCCGACCUUGGUGUUGGUUGCCAAUUGUUUUGAGUUCCAGAUGUUCUUCAGUUAUGAAUAUGUUGCUCUUGCUUUGCCGAUUCGCGCUUUCACAUCUGCAUCAGAUUCACCAUAUUCAUCAAUGAUGCUGCCCAGAUAUGUAAAGGCGUUUACAUCUUCCAAAUCUUCUCCGUUAAUUGUGAUUGGAUUGUUGCAUGUUGUGUUGUAUCGGAGAAUCUUGCUUUUCCCUUUGUGUAUGUUGAGAUUUACUGCUGCUACACUGGUUGUCUUCUCCUGCAUUUGUUAUUGCAUGUGCGAUAGAAGAGCCAGAUCAUCUGCGAAGUCUAGAUCGUUCAACUGCAUCCUAGACGUCCACUGUAUCCCGUGCUUCCCUUCAGAUGUUGACAUCUUCAUGAUCCAGUCGAUCACCAGGAGAAAGAGAAAGGGUGAAAGUAAGCAACCUUGCCUGACACCGGUCUUUACUUCGAAGGAGUUUGUCAACUGUCCUCCAUGAACGAUUUUGCAGUUUAAUUCAUCAUAGGAAUUCUGUAUGAUAUUGAUUAAUUCCAGUCUAAUCUAUAGCUUAGUCAAUGACACUGGAGUGUUAGUUUGUAGAAAUCGUAUCUAAAUCGACAAUUGUGUAUCUAUGUGCUAAUAUAGUAUGGCAACUCGGACUGAUGUACGUACGUACGAAAUUCUACAUUGUUACUGAGUAAUAAAAAUGCAAUUGUGUAUCAUUUGGAUUGUAUAUCCACUCAUAAUUUCGUAAUUUCUAAACGAUAAUUCCUUUUAAAAUUUGACUUCCUUCGGAAUCUAAUCAGAUAAUUACGAAUUCAAGCAUUUUACAACAGGUCUAUGAGUUUAUCUUGUGGAAACAUACAUUUUUAUACUAAUACUAAUCAGUGAUAUAUCUAUUAAAGUCAGUCAUAAUCAGGAUAUGACUUGGCAUAAAUACACAUCUGUCCAAAUUGCACUCCGCUCACUUCACAAGGUGAAACUAACAGGAUACAUUAGUGAAGUUAAGAUUAUACUAGUGUUUAUUAUAGUAAAAUCGACUAUACAUAGAAACUAUCCCAAUCUCCCAAGUUUGGGGAAAUUUUGGAGAAAAACCCCAAAUGUAGGGGAAUUUUGGGGAAUUUCCCCAAAGUUUACUAUAGCAGCUUCCCCAAAAUUGGGAGCUCUGGAUUUCUCUAAGCGAAGCAAUGAAUUCGCGAAACAAGUGUACGAAAUAAAAGUAGCGAAAAAUGAAUAGUUUAUCUGUACCAUUGCGGUCGGUUUCGACCAGUGUUCACCAACUUUACUAUCCAUCAACCAUGAUUCUCACUCAAAGCCCAACCAAAUAGUCUGCACUUGCCAACAACUCGUACUCUAACAAAAAUUAUUGAAUUUAUAAACUGGUGCCACGUACUAGUUUAAUCGCUCAUUGCUUCCCUCCAAUCUAAUUUUUUACUCGUCAGCUGUAUGUUCCGAUUUAGAACAUUACUAGAAUACUCUUAAUAGGUGGAAAUGAAAUGUCAUGGUUUAUGUAAUAGUUUUCUUAGAAAAUUUGCUUAUUUUUAGUAAAAAUUUCUACCUUUUAACUAAGUUUAUUUUGUAUACUAAUUUUUGUCUAGUCCGAACCCCCCAAUUCAUUUAGUUGUAUCGCAAUCUUUUAGAAAAUCGCCGGCGCCACCACCACCACCACCGAUGACAUCAGCCAAGUGUGUAAAUAUAAUCCCAGUAAGAAGUUCAUUAACAAAAUCUACUACAUUGUCACAAACUCCUGUCACAACGACAAUCAAAGAAAUUGACACUACUGCUAUCAGUGCUUUGAAUCAUGAAGAUCUAUCCUGUCAUAAUCACUCUGAUAAAUGUAAUAAUUUUGGGGGUGAAUUCGAUCAAACAUGUUUACCACAUAUGUCUUCUGAAUAACACUAUUUGUACUACUCUCUAUUCUGCCAGAUCUUCAAUGCAUUAAUACAGAAGUACAUAAAUCACAAAAAAUGUACACGUAUCCCAUCUAACUUCAUUGAUUGCUCAAAAAUUUCGAUGUACAAAUUAUUCUACUUAAAUACUUAUAAAUAGUGUAAAAAUGUUUGAAAAAUUAUUUGUCAAAUAGCGUUCAAACCUGUCUUCUUCUUUUUUUGUUUUUUGAGAAAAAAUAUACAUCAUAUUACUUAUAUUUAUGUAUGUACACACUAACUGUGUAGAAUAUACUUAUUCUUAGUCUGUUUUUGAUCGAUCAAGGUAUCUCUUUCAUGCUGUCGUACUUGUUUGUUCCUUUUGUUUUUUUGUUUUUUUUCAUUGGAAAUAAUCUCAGUAUCUGUAUUGUACGUCACAAUGAGAGUUAAAUAAAUUGUAUUAUGAUGUAUAUCCCAGAUUAUUUAAAGGUUGAUUGGUUAGUCAAGUCUUUUUCUAAGGUGUAUACUGACUUCCCAAAUAAUAAGAGAUCGUUUUGUUUUUGUCUCCAAUCGUUCGUUCGCAAAUUCCCAACAUUAUCUCAUGGAAAAUUUAUUGAAACUGUAGUACUGAGCAUUCCCCCCCCCCAGUAAUUUUGACUUUGAUACAGUUAUUUUUUGUAAAUAUAAAGUCUGGAAAUAAA